AUGUCCGAAGCUCGAUCGAGAUAUUGGUUAAGAGGAGGGAGAUUGAUAAACAAACUUACUUACUUAAGUUUGUUCCACACAUACACAAAAUUCAUCACACAGGACCAACCAUAUUUCGGCAUCUUUGGGAAGAAUGGAAAUACAAAGACUAGUGAUCAUUGUUUGGAUGGAGCGUCAAUGGCAAGAUUGCGAAAUAGACUGUCAAUACCACCUGCUCUUCCAUGGCCUUAUACGUCAGAGCACCCAGAUCCAGUAAGAGCCGAAGUAUCGAUGUCAAUCGAAGACACGAGUGCUAGCCACAGCGAAUCGCAAGCUGUAAUUGAUGAAGAUUUUCGAAGAUCUAGCUCCAACUCAGAUAAAACUCACAGCCCCGAGCAGACUCAAUUACCGACGCGAGCGGAGAUUAUUACUAAUGGUUUGGCGCAUAGUGGUGGAAAUGUGUCUGUGGUGCUCAAAGCUCCGAAUCCUUCUGGUCCGAGUUUCUUUAGGCUAAUCUUGCCGGGCGAGGUCAUCUGCAAUUCCUUGAAUCGAAGCAAGCGCAAAUUAGAUGCUAUGAGUUUCAUUCUACAGGUUCUUUCUGGGAAGUUAUAUAACUGA